GGCGAAUCCGACACGUACAUGGACGCUUCGAGUUUCCUCGUCUCUUUCUCUCUCUCAUGGUGUGCUGCACUAAAAACCGAUUAAUUUCUUGAAUGAAAAAAAAUCUGCUAACGUGCGACCGUCGCACCGACAUCGAAUUCGCUUUGAUAUCGAGACAUUCGAUUACGCUGUGCGUGUAAAUAAACUCUUUGUAAAUAGUCUUUCGUUGAUGAAAAAUUUAGACCGUUUCGGGCGAAUGUUCUUGUAAUGUUUGUGUUCGUCUUUGAUGGUUACGACGCUUAUUGUUUGAGCCGGGAAAUCUUCGAAGAAAUCGUGUAAUGCUCAGGAAACUGUUGGAAUUCCACUCGGAAGAAAUUAGAUGCGGCGCUUUUAUGGCGAAACUAAACAUGAUUCGUGACAUUACGGACGGAUUUCAUCCACUCGACGAUUCCUCGAACGACAAAACGGUAGCGUAACCUUGAUAAGUUGCGGAAUAUGCCAGGAUUAGUGGUAUUUAGGAGGAGAUGGAGUGUUGGUUCAGACGAUCUGGUUGUUCCAGGCGCAUUCCUGUUUACCGUUCAUUUGAUAUGGACCAUUAUACUAGGCGUUCUGCUCUUCCUAGUAAAAUACGAUCGAAAUCGUCAAUGUAUUUUCUUGAUGUGGGGGUUGCUGGUUGGAUAUCUAGUCAUUUUAAUACUUUCCAUGGUCAUCGAAAUAUGCGUUUGUGUAGUGGCCAUGCGUGGAAGCAUUCUAGACACAGGAAGAAGAGCUUCCAUGCAAUAUAUACUCUACCUCAGAUUAACUGUGAUGAUCGUAGAAGCCGCUUGGUUAUCGGCUGGAAUAGCCUGGCUAGUGAAAUAUUAUUUAGACUGUCCUAUAGAUAAAGCCAAAGAAAUAGUUUUAAUUAUGGUAAUUUUUAAUUGGUGCAUCCUCUUCUCGGUGAUAGUAACAAUAUGGUGUACAUACGAUUCCGCCGGACGUUCGUGGGUGAAAAUGAAGAAAUAUCAGCGUUCGAUGAGAGAAUCCGAGUCAAAGUUCCAAUACAAAAGGUCCGGGAGCGCUCGGAAUUGGAGACAAAGGAAAGUUCUUAGAGCUUAUCAAGAUAGCUGGCACAACCGGUGCCGGUUUUUGUUCUGCUGUUCAUCGGCGAGCGAUCGCAAUCGAAAUUCCUUCGCCGAUAUCGCCAGAUUGCUUUCGGAUUUCUUCCGAGACCUGGAUGUCGUUCCUUCCGACGUGAUAGUCGGUUUAGUUUUGCUUAGAAAGUUUCAGAAAAUCGAGCAGAAAGCCAUCGUCGAACAGCGCAAAAACGACACGUACGAGUUCCUAUCGGGCGUCGCCAUAACGCCUCGAACGCAAUUCCUGUCUUUACACGAGGACGGAGUGGAUUUGGAAUUGUUUCAGGGCGUCAUACAUUUCGCCCAUUUCGCCGUCAGGGCGUACGGUUGGCCCAUAUUUAUGGUAACAAAUUCGAUGGGAUUGUGUCAACUUUGCGCCGGUCUAAGAUGUUGUUGUUGCAUUCCUUGCCGCAAGAAUUCGGACGCUAUUCCAAAAAUAGUCGACGACAAUUGUUGUCAAUGUAACUACGCAGCUUUAGAAAAAUUGACUGAUUACGGAGACAUUGAGAUUAUAUACGCUACUUACCACGUAGACAUAGGCCAGACACCUUUCUUCGUUGCAAUUGAUUAUGAUAGGAAAAACGUCGUCAUCAGUAUCAGGGGCACCUUAUCGAUGAAGGAUAUCCUGACGGAUUUAAACGCAGAAGCCGAAACCCUUCCUCUGGAUCCUCCCAAGGACGAUUGGCUUGGACACAAAGGGAUGGUACAGGCGGCCCAAUACAUUCUAGAAAAAUUAGACGAAGAACAGCUGAUCGAAAAAGCCUGGGCGCACAAACCAGAAAGAGAAUCAUCGACUUUCGAUAUCGUUAUAGUCGGUCAUUCUUUAGGAGCAGGAACAGCUAGUAUUCUAGGUAUACUAUUGAGGCAAAGACAUCCGACUCUGAAAUGCUUCUGUUACGCCCCGCCCGGUGGCCUUCUUUCAGCCCCAGCGGUUGAUUAUACGAAACAAUUCACCGUGUCAGUGGUCGUUGGUAAGGACGUCGUACCUCGAAUCGGUCUCUACCAAAUGGAAACAUUAAGAACCGAUCUCAUUAACGCCAUCAAACGGAGCGUCGAUCCGAAAUGGAAAACGAUAUCGUGCAGCGUCCUCUGUUGCGGGUGUUCGCAACCAACAUCCGCAGUGGAAUUAUCAACGGGUGAAAAGGACGUUUGCGAGUAUAUGAGGAGCAAAGAGAACGCCAGAUCUUUGGGUUUGCAUCCUUCUGAUAGUAAUAUUGCUUUGACUAGUCACCAGCCGUUGUUUCCACCUGGUCGUGUUAUUCAUAUCGUCAGGCAUCAUCCUUCGGCAGGACAGCAAGCACUGCACAAAAACGAGCCAGUUUACCAAGCCCUUUGGGCCCAAAACAUCGACUUCGACGAAGUGCUGAUAUCUCCAGUCAUGAUUCAGGAUCAUAUGCCGGACAAAAUACUCGACGCCCUCAACAAGGUUGUAACUACCAUGGGCCCCAGAAAACCACAACGUUCAUCUUCCACCAGCGAACAAUCUGCGAAUUACCAUUCGGCGACUUCUAUACCAAAUUGCUUCUUAGAAACGAGCUUCACGUCUUUGCAAAGCCCUUCGAGCAAUUCCUCCAUCACCAACGGAUAUUACUCCACCAGGAGUCAACCGUCCCCCGUUUCAUUCAAUCGCAUCACCAAGUCAUCGACAACGGUUAUCUGUAACAAUUUAGAUCGGUCCGCGUCAGCUUUACAAGGCCCCUGCUCCGUUCACCCGACGAAACUCCAGCCGUCCAGACCUGAGCCUAAGACUAUCAGCCGCAGCCUCAGCCUCAGCUUGAGGAGUUGCAAUAGUCCCAAAGUCGAUUUAAUACACGACGAUUGGCUGGGAUUAGCCCCAUUGGCCAGUCCAGAGAGCCUUUCCGAAUUGUCCAGCAUCAGCUCCAGAACUAGCUUAGUAACAACUACUAAUGUUAUUGUAGAAAUUAAUCGUACACCUAAAAUAAUGCGGAGGACGCCUAAAAUUAUAGGUAGCCUUAGUACGUGUGCGGAUGAUAUUAGGAACAUAAGAAAUUUCCAGAAAGCCAAAACUUUUACCAGGCUGCUCGUGAACAACAACAUAGAGAGUUCUUCUAGCAGUAAUAUAAGUUACGAAUCGGCUUCGAGCGGUAACAGAUGUUGCCAGGAUACUUCUACAAGGGAUAACAGCUGCAUGGAUCUCCAUUGCGGAGGUCAGGAUUAUGAUCCCAGCGAUAGCGAGUUUCAAUCGGCUGAAGAUAUAUUGGACAAUGUUCUAGCUAGCGCUGGUUGUAAGGAGUUUUUUAAUUCUGAAUCAAACAUCUUGGAAACGAAUUUCGACUUUUUGCCAGAUCAACCGCAGAGCCUCACUAUUGGGUACUUUGGAAACUCUCCGGUGUUCUCUACCGUCACAUCGCCGUGCUCCCAGCAGGAAAUCGACCAAGACCUGAUAUCCAAUUUGGCCAUCGACCUGAACCUGGACGAAGAACACCGAGCGAUCCGCAUCCAGAAAGCUCCCAGCCAGAUAUCCAGCAGCGUCGAUUCGGGCAGCGUCUGUCGCACGCCCUCCGACAUCACCAAGAACGUCACCUUCAAUCCGGAAGUGAUCACCGUCGAUGCGGCUGCAUGCGAAAGCCGCAGCUCGCCGCCCAAAUGGCGCCAACUGUUCAAAGGCAGAAGCGCCAAGCAGAAGCCCGAAGGCGUCCCGGCGCCGGCGCCGUCGAGCGUCAAUCCGAGCGCGGCGCCCAUAAAAACCAUACUGUCGAUGAAAAGGCGGAGUAACGAGGAGGUGGAGGGCUUGGCGCCGGCGCCAAACAGGACGAUGUCGUCGAGGAAGCGGAGCAGCGACGAUGAGGAUAAUUCGUGUUUUUCUAGGACAGAACAGCUGCCUCUGUUGGCUGGUUUGAGUGGUGGUGUAGGUGAAAGGACGCCUAGUCCUUGUUACGUGAGAAGGAAAAAAUACGUUUAUCCUGCUGAUGUUGUGGUUAUGUCGCAACAGCCGAACGAAAGUGCAGUAUAAAUGCGUAUUUUUGCAUGAUGUAUGUUGUCGAGAUUUUAUCGGUUGUUACGUGUUAGAUAACU